AUGGGAAGGGAAAUCGUCAACGUCUCCGUCGGACAGGCCGGUAACCAGAUCGGUACUGCCUUCUGGGAGAACGUCCUCCAGGAGCACGGCCUUGAUGCCAGCGGCAAGUACGUCGGCAACGACCCCCAGCAGCUCGACAGGGUCUCCGUCUACUUCAACGAGGCUUCCAACCAGAAGUAUGUCCCCCGCUCGAUCCAGGUCGACCUCGAGCCCGGAGUCGUGGACAUUGUCCGCGGCGGCCGCCUCGCCAACCUCUUCCGCCCCGACACGUUUGUCCACGGCCAGAGCGGUGCCGGUAACAACUGGGCCAAGGGAGCCGAGCUCGUGGACCCCAUCCUCGACGUCCUCCGCCAGCAGGUCGAGUCUUCCGACUCGUUCCAGGGCUUCCAGCUCCUCCACUCGCUUGGUGGUGGUACCGGCUCUGGUCUCGGUGCCCUCCUCCUGAGCAAGAUCCGUGAGGAGUACCCGGACCGUAUGCUCGCCACCUUUUCAGUCUUCCCCUCGCCCAAGGUCUCGGAGACUGUCGUCGAGCCUUACAACGCCAUCCUCUCGACCCACAUUCUCGUCGAGAACUCGGACAUUACCUGCUGCAUUGACAACGAGGCUCUCUACCAGAUCUGCGUCAACGACCUCAAGCAGAAGGCCCCCGAGUACAAGGACCUGAACGCGCUCAUUGCCAAGGUCAUGACCGGUUUCACCUCGACCCUCCGUUUCCCCGGUGUCCUCAACUCGGACCUCCGCAAGCUCGCCGUCAACAUGGUGCCCUUCCCGCGUCUCCACUUCUUCACCGCCGGUUACGCGCCUCUGGUCGCCUCGGGCACCCGCGCUUACACCGCCACCAACGUCCCCGAGCUCACGGCCGCCGCCUUCCAGCGCCGCAGCCUGCUUGCCGCCAUCGACCCCAUGAUGGGCAAGUACCUCACCGUCUCGGUCGCCUACCGCGGCAAGCUCUCGAUGCGCGACAUUGAGACUGCCGUCUACGACUUCCAGUCCAAGAACUCGGCCCACUUCGUCCCCUGGAUCCCCAACGGUGCCCUGACCACUCUCUGCACCGUUCCCCCCAUCGGACAGACUGCUUCCGCCACCGUCGUCGCUAACACAACCGCCAUCUCCGAGGUCUUCAAGCGUUCCCACGUUCAGUUCCGCCAGCUCUGGAGGGACGAGCUCGAGUUUACCGAGGCCGAGUCCAACCUUACCGACCUGUGCUCCGAGUACGACCAGUACGAGAACGCCGGCCUGGACGACGAGGAGCUCGAGUACGAGGCCGAGGAGGUUGCUGAGGAGUACGAGGAGGACUACGAAAACUAG